CUAAAAUGUCUUCUCGAAAGUUCUUCGUUGGUGGAAACUGGAAAAUGAACGGCAACAAGGCCGCCAUUGAUACCAUCAUUGAGCGUCUCAACAGCAAUAAAAACGAGAGCGUGGAAACAGUUUGCGCUCCUCCUCAAUGCUACCUGGAGUACACCAGAUCCAAGCUAGAUGCUGCCGUCUUCGUAUCAGCCCAGAACUGCUACAAGGUGGAAAAGGGCGCGUUCACUGGUGACAUUAGCCCCGCAAUGCUCAAGGAUCUAGGUGUGACUCAUGUCAUUUUGGGGCACAGUGAGCGUCGUCAUGUAUUCGGAGAAACAGACGAGUUGAUCGCGGAGAAAUGUGCGCAUGCUUUGGAGAACGGUCUGACUGUUAUCGCGUGUAUUGGAGAGAAACUAGAGGAGCGAGAGGCUGGCCAAACUGAAGCAGUGAAUGUGCGUCAACUAACUGCCAUUAAAAAGGCAAUCUCUGAUUGGUCUAAAGUGGUAAUCGCUUAUGAGCCAGUUUGGGCUAUCGGAACUGGCAAAACAGCAUCACCGGAUCAAGCGCAAGAAGUUCACCAGCAGUUGAGAGCAUGGAUGGCAGCUGAAGUUUCAAAAGAGGUCGCGGACUCUAUCCGGAUAAUCUACGGAGGCUCGGUGUCGGGAGGAAAUUGCAAGGAUCUGGCAAAGAAGCCAGACAUUGACGGGUUUUUAGUCGGAGGCGCCUCCUUGAAACCAGAAUUUGUCGAAAUUAUUAACGCACGAAAUUAAAUAAUCGGACUGAUUAGCUCACGAAUAACUUGAUGAGAUGUAUGUUUUCGUCUCAUGACUUUGCACAACAAAGCUGAAUGUAACUAAUUCGUACACAACUUGAUCGACUUAGGCUAUAAUUGACUUGACUUGCUGAAAUCAUUUCUUUAGAUGAGAUAAAUCUGAAAUUGUUAACUAAUAUUUGCUGAACUAGAUGUUUGAAAAAUAUAACUAUAUCAAAGACUC